CCCCGAUGCAGCCGGGUCAACGCGAAUGAUCGGAUUCAAUCUGAUGUUAUGUCCGCGAAAGAGCGACCGUCUCUCGGGUGCCGUCAGGUUGCGCACGCUCCGUUCCGCAGCGUGUGCACGCAGAGGCUCGUCGGUCUCCGUCGGAGGAACAACAACUUGGCGAAUUCGAGGAAGUUAACGGCCGGCCUCCAGGUGAUCCUCCGUGAAACCGCGAAACACAUUCGUUCCGGCAUGGCACCGCAAAUGAGGUUUUAAGACGCUGACAUCGAGCACGUUCCCCCUUCACGAAGAUCAUUGCGGGCAAGACUCAGCACCACCCAAUGCGCGGACACCAGGACUUAGUCGUUUACUAGCUUCUUUCACGGGCAAUUGAUGUAACCCGGUCUGCAAACCGCCUCAAAAUUCGAGGAAUCCUGGAUAAAUCCUAUCGGAAGCGUCUUUCAAUCGCCAGGUUUUUGUGAAAUCUGUACAUUGCUCCUGGAAAGGAAAAGAUACGGAAUGGAGUAGAUAUAAAUUGUGACGUCAGAAGAUAAAUAAGUUGAAGUAACGGGUUUGCGCGAACCGGCUGAAUUUGAUCACGGGUUCGGGAUUAAAAUGGAUAAUUUAAAACACCCGGUCUUUUCUCUACUCGACCACUGUCCUCUCAUUCAAAAUCCCAAACUACCCAGAUCAGUCUCAUCCAAUUGGCAAUCUCUCCACACAAUAGGCACAAAAGUCCUACAAAGAGCAACGAAAUUUCCAAAUCGAAUAGCUGGAUUUAUCAGAGGCUCACUGACCCUAACUACAAUUUGACCCAGUACGUGCGCGUGCGCAAGAUCCCCCACUGCAGAAUUCGUCGAGCGAAUUAUCGGAACCGUUUGGCAACUGAUUGAACUGGAGGUGAAGAGAGAGGACUUGACGGUGGAACGAUGCCGCAGCCACGCUGGUGGAACGCUGUUAUCGCGGCCGGUCGGACUAGAACGUGGGAACAACGGACUGUUUCCGCGGGGUCAGGGACGCCAGGAGGCAGAGCAUCUGCACGUUUGACGGCUGCGGAGACGGUAGUCCUGCGAUCGGCUGCUGACCGAGCACUUCGUCGCGGCAUGGCGAGCGUCACACCCGGCAGCAAGGUCCUCACCGAGGACACUGUCUUUACCAACCUGAGGAAGAUGGAAUAUGCUGUGCGCGGACCUCUUCUCAUCCGCGCCAUCGAAAUCGAAAAAGAGCUUCAGAAGGGAGCUAAGAAACCAUUCAAGGAGGUGAUAAAAGCCAAUGUGGGAGAUGCACAUGCCAUGGGUCAGCAGCCAAUUACUUUCUUGAGGCAAGUACUGACUCUGACAGUAUCACCGAAUCUCCUCAAUGAUCCCAGUUAUCCCGAGGAUGCAAAGGAGCGAGCUAGGACCAUCUUGUGCGGAUGUAAAGGAGGCAGUGUUGGCUCAUACUCGGAGUCAGCAGGGAUUGAAAUCAUCCGCAAGCAUGUUGCCGAGUAUAUACAGGACCGUGAUGGACUUCCGUGUGAUUACCAUAACAUCAUCCUCUCGAAUGGUGCCUCAGAUGGAAUCAAAUCAGUCCUGAAACUGUUCAAUGAAAGAUUGGAUGGAAAGCCAUCUGGUGUGAUGGUCCCGAUACCACAGUAUCCACUUUACUCUGCCACAAUAGCAGAGUUUGGUCUUAAUCAGAUCAGCUACUAUCUAAACGAAGAGAACAAGUGGGCAUUAGAUGUAUCUGAAUUAGAGAGAGCUUUGAAUGACUCAAGAAGAAAUUGCAACCCUCGUGUAUUAGUAGUGAUCAACCCUGGUAACCCAACUGGCCAGGUUCUCACACGUAAUAAUAUUGUGGAUGUCAUUCACUUUGCAUAUAAAAAUCGAUUAUUCUUGUUGGCUGAUGAGGUUUAUCAAGACAAUGUGUACGAUAAGGAUAGUGCCUUCCAUUCUUUCAAAAAAGUUAUGACAGAGAUGGGAGAACCAUACUCUAAAAUGGAGUUAGCGUCUUUCAUGUCUGUGUCUAAGGGAUAUAUGGGUGAAUGUGGUAUCCGCGGUGGAUACGGGGAACUAAUUAACAUGGAUCCCAAAGUUAUGGCGAUUCUGUUGAAAUCAAUCUCAGCAAUGUUAUGCCCCACUGUUCUGGGUCAAGUUGUCAUGGAUGUAGUGGUAAAUCCACCAAAACCCAAUGAACCGUCUUAUCAAUUAUUCAUAAAAGAAAGAGCAGACACUCUCCGAUCACUGGCAGAGAGAUCACGGCUAGUGGUUGAUACAUUAAAUAGCAUUCCAGGUUUCAAGGUGAAUCCAGCCAUGGGUGCUAUGUAUGUCUUUCCAAGAUUGGAAUUACCAAAGAAAGCCGUAAAAGCAGCCGAAGCAGCAGGUCAACUGCCCGAUGUAUUCUAUGCUUUUAAGUUAUUAGAAUCUACAGGUAUUUGCGUGAUACCUGGAUCAGGUUUUGGCCAACAACCCGGGACCUAUCAUUUUAGAACAACGAUUCUGCCGCAAAAAGAGAAAAUGAAGGAAAUGCUUAGGAACUUAAAACAGUUUCAUCUUAAGUUCCUGGAAGAGUACAAAUAAACGUACAAUUGUAACAUUGUUGCAUUUUUUAGUACUUGAAAUGCCAGGAUAACGAUGUGCAGAUCAUCAAAAUUUAUAUGAAUUGUUUUUAAUCUUACGGAAACUUUUUAGAGGCAAUAUUCGCAUUUUCUAACAAUAUAUUACAAAAACUAUUUACACUAUUAUCGAGUAGUUUACUAUUGCAGCACGAAUUCUGGCAUAGAUAGGAUACUAUUCUAAUAAAUCUGUUAGAAUUGUGUAGACAAUCGUCUGCACAAAUGAUGAAUUUCGCGAUUCUUCGAAUGCUUGUACAUACAAUACGAAUUUGUUAUUACAUUGAAAAGUUGAUGGUAUUCACUUCUUUUUCAGAAUCGUUUAAUGUGUGGUCGGUGUGUAUGUGUAUAGUAAUUAUAAAUAAUGAUAUCGCGAGAUUAUACGAUAUGUUUUUAUAAUACUCACAACGAUUUUAUCGGAUCAAGUAUGUUUAGACAGCUUUUACUGGUUACUUGAAUUUCCACUCGUUGUUUAUGUUACUAAAAUACUUUAUUCCAGAGACAUUGUGAACCUGUUCAAAACGAUUACGGGUUCAGGUUGUUCAGGUUUUCUAUAGGCCCCAUAAGUGCAACAAAAUCAAUUCAAUUGAAAUGUCUAGCUUAAGUGUAUACAUUUGCCCAAGAUCCUCAAUGUGUUCUUAAUCAAAAUUCCAAUUAUUGAUUAUGAGUAACUUAGUGAUUAUCUUAAACUUGCCAGAUAUAACUUCCCUUAAUAUUCGUUGUUAACAUAUUUAGUGGCAUUGUAAAAUAUAUUUUUUUAUUGUUUGGUGUUAACUAUUUCAAUGAAAUAAUACAUACUACACGUACUUAUGAUAUUGAAUAUCACAUGGAUGAUUUUGAUUAAAUAUUUGUGCAAUCACGUGAGAUUUAGGAGCUUUAAACAUUUGAACACGAUCCUAUAUGAGAAGACAAUAUUAUAUUUGAUUGCAUGUCUUUUGAGAAUGCAUACCACCUGUAUGCUUUUACACUUGUAAUUGUUUUCUCAGUGCAUAAUCUGUUACUACUGUAAGCAGAAACAUGUUCACUGAAAGAGACCAACGAUCAGAAGGUAUAAAAUAAUUUUCUGAAGAAAAAUUAAUAAAAAAUAAAGAAGUUAUUGUACCAUAUAAAACUUA